AACUUUGCACCUGACGUGUAGGAAAAGGAGGGGGCCCCAGGGAGUCCUGGGGCAUGGUUACCUGGGAAACAGAACAUUGAGCUGUGACAGUUUUGAGGAGGGUCUUCCAUAAGGGAAAAAGGCUCAAGCAGAUGGGUUAGGGGUUUGUAGCCUGCAUGAAAAUUGCCAUGAAGCAAUGAAGGAAUGGUGUGGUCCUAUGAGGCACGGAGGAGGAAUUUUCCCUGAUUUAGGAGCCAUCCAUCUUUGGUGGGAAGGUCCUGAUAUUGUUGGUGCUUAGGAGAAUAGGCUGAAGUGAAAGCUAGAAAGGAGGCCUGGAGGGAGAGAUAAACAGCUUCCUUUGCAAUUUUAUCUGUAAAGGCAUUUCCGGCAGUUAUAGGAUCUGAAAGUUUCUGUGUCCUCUUCAGUGAAGCACAGCAGCCCAUGUUGGUAGGACAGCAGCCUGAAGAGGAGCUUUAAUGAGAGGGGCAUUAAUGAUUGAAGACCUCCAGAAGCAGAUGGAUGAGGGAUUACUCAGCCCCCAUGCUGAUGGCCUCGACAGGAAGAGGGAUGGGCAGCCCAAGAGUCCCAGCAGCAGCAGCAGCCACCUGGCCUAUAGCAUCUUGGACGUCCCACCAUGGCAUCUCUGCAUCUUUUUAGGGAUCCAGCACUUCCUCACAGCCCUGGGGGGACUCGUGGCAGUGCCUCUCAUCCUGGCCAAGGACCUGUGCCUACAGCAUGACCCUCUGACACAGAGCUACCUCAUCAGCACCAUUUUUUUCGUCUCUGGCAUCUGCACUCUCCUGCAGGUGUUUUUAGGGGUCAGGCUACCCAUUCUCCAGGGAGGCACAUUUGCUUUUGUGGCGCCCUCUCUGGCCAUGCUCUCUCUUCCAGCCUGGAAGUGCCCAGAAUGGACACUCAAUGCCAGCCAGGUGGAUACCAGCUCUCCUGAAUUCACUGAGGAAUGGCAGAAGAGGAUCCGAGAGCUGCAGGGUGCCAUCAUGGUGGCUUCCUGUGUGCAGAUCCUGGUGGGAUUCUCGGGCCUCAUUGGCUUUCUCAUGCGCUUCAUCGGCCCCUUGACCAUUGCUCCGACCAUUUCUCUGGUAGCCCUGCCUCUCUUUGAUUCUGCGGGCAAUGACGCUGGAGUCCAUUGGGGGAUCUCCUUCCUGACCAUCUUCCUCAUCGUGCUGUUUUCUCAGUACCUGAAGAAUGUCUCCAUGCCUGUGCCUGUCUAUGAAGGAUGGAGGAAGUGUCGCACCACAAAACUCUACGUGUUUCAGGUCUUCCCUGUGCUGCUGGCCCUCUGUCUGUCCUGGAUCCUCUGUUUCGCGCUCACCGUCACCGACACCCUCCCCUCGGACCCCACCGCCCACGGGUACCUGGCCCGCACCGACUCCAGAGGCAGUGUCCUGAGCCAGGCCCCUUGGUUUCGCUUCCCCUACCCAGGACAGUGGGGCCUCCCGACCAUCAGCCUGGCGGGGGUCUUCGGGAUCAUCGCCGCGGUGAUCUCCUCCAUGGUGGAGUCGGUGGGCGAUUACUACGCCUGUGCCCGGCUGGUGGGGGCCCCGCCCCCCCCGAAGCACGCCAUCAACCGCGGCAUCGGCAUCGAGGGCCUCGGUUGUCUGCUGGCAGGGGCCUGGGGCACGGGGAAUGGCACCACCUCCUACAGUGAGAACAUCGGGGCACUGGGCGUCACCAGGGUGGGGAGCAGGAGGGUGAUUGUUGUCGCAGGCUGCGUGCUGCUCCUGAUGGGUGUCUUUGGGAAGAUCGGGGCUGCUUUUGCGACCAUCCCAACCCCUGUGAUCGGAGGCUUGUUCCUCGUCAUGUUUGGGGUCAUCAGCGCCGUGGGGAUCUCCAAUCUGCAGUAUGUGAACAUGAACUCGUCCAGGAACCUCUUCAUCUUUGGCUUUUCCAUCUCCUGUGGGAUGGCCAUUCCCAGCUGGGUGAACAGGAAUCCUGAGAAGCUGCAGACAGGGAUUCUCCAGCUGGACCAGAUCAUCCAGGUGUUGCUCACCACAGGCAUGUUCAUCGGGGGAUUUCUGGGCUUUCUUCUGGACAACACCAUUCCAGGAAGCCAGGAGGAGCGAGGCCUGCUGGCCUGGGCUCAGAUCCACAAGGAGUCUGGGGACACACUGCAGGCUGCAGAGGUCUACAGCUUGCCCUGGGGUGCUGGCACUCGGCUCUGCACUUGCCCCUGUGCCUGCACACUGCCCUUCUGGCCUGGGCCGGACCGAAGAGGACACCAGCCAAGUUGCCCUUUGCCCCUGGACACCAUUAGCAGAGCCCCUGCAGGGUGUUCUGGAGACCAGUAUCGGAGGACAGCUGGGCCCCCACACCAGGCUGCCCUCGAGGAUUGAUCCAGGUCACGCCUGGGGCCCUAGACCACCACGGGCCAUAGCGCAUCCUUCCACUGCUCUCCCAACUCCAGCUUGGACCAGCUUG